UCGUUGCCAUCGAUGGGCCCCGUGUUCGAUUCACGGCUGAUGCAUUCUUUUUCCCCUUUUUUUUCCACUAUCAUUUCACAUAACCCUUUAUUCCCCCUUUUCCUCUUUUCCGUUCUCCUCUCAGGGCUUUCUUUCCUUAUCGGUUUCGCCUUCAUUAUUUUUUUAUUUUUAUUUUUUUCAUUUUCUAUAUAUGUUAUAAUGUAAUCAUUCUAUACAACGAGGCUGGAGUGUCGUUUUAAGUUCCAGGGGAAGGUUUAGGUUAACGA